CAUCCUCUUCAUUCUCAUCCUCGUCCUCUCUUUCUUUCUCGGCGCCAUCGCCGCUCACACGCUACCCGUAGCCUCCUCAUUCUCCAACGCGGACUCGCAAGAGCCCUCCCCACUCUCAUUCCCUAGCCUCCCACCCCUCCCCUGUCCCCGUCAUGUUCGCCGCCUCCCUCCUCCUCGCGGCCACGUCCGUCUCCGCAGGCGCCAUCGGCUGCAGCGGCCACCACAUCGGUACCCGCAACCACGGCAUGGGCAACCCCCACUACACGCGCGCAUACGACCCAGCCACCCUUGACGUGGCGGCCCAGUGCGUGCCGUACAACUACGAGCCGGUCGCCUCCAUCAUCAACGACUUCCCUCCCAACUGGGCGCCUGCCACCCUCGUCGCCGGUGAUGACGAGGCCGCCGCGCUCUUCCAGGAGCUCAACCAGACCCUCGCCAGCAAGGUCGGCAAUGUCUCAAUCAAGGUUGGCACCAUGGGAGACUUUUCAGGCUACCAGUACGACAACGCCGCCGACCCCGACUGCUGGUGGACCCGCUCGCGUUGCACCCAGCCCAAGGACCAGACGAUCCCCGCAGACAUUCGCCAGCUUCCCGAGCCCAACACCUGGGGCUUUGGUUACGACGACGGACCCAACUGCUCGCACAACGCUCUGUACAACUUCAUGGCCGAGAACAAGCAAUUGGCGACCAUGUUCUUCAUCGGCUCCAACGUCAUGAACUGGCCCCUCCAGGCCAAGCGUGCCAAGGACGAUGGACAUGAGAUGUGCAUUCACACCUGGUCCCACUCUGCCAUGACGACGCUCACCAACGAGCAGGCCUUUGCCGAGCUCUACUACACCCGUGCGGCGAUCAAGGCUGUCACCGGCGUCACCCCCAAGUGCUGGCGCCCGCCUUACGGUGACGUUGACAACCGUAUCCGCGUCAUUGCCGGCUUCCUCAACCUCACCAACAUUCUCUGGUCGGACGACACGUUUGACUGGCAGGAGGGCACCCAGAACGUGACGGCCGAGACGAUCAAGAACAACUACCAGAAGGUAUUUGACAAGGCCAAGAACGGCGAGUACAACACGCACGGCGCCAUUGUCCUCAACCACGAGUCGAACAACAGGACGAUGCAGCACAUGAUCGACCAGUACGCCCAGAUCAAGCAAAACUUCAAGUACAUUGUCCCCAUUGCCUCGGGCAUGAACUGGACCACGCCCUACGUCGAGACCAACGAGACCUACCCCGACUUCAACCAGUACAUCUCUGGCCAGCUCGUCGGCGGUCCCGUCUCAAGCGGCUCGGGCAACUCGCCCGGCUCGACGAUGACGGGCUCUGGCGCUGCCGCCGCCAGCUCGGCGGCGGCGCCCAGCGGCUCUGCAAAGCCGUCGAGCGCGACGCGCACCACUGCCGCAGGCAUCCUUGUCUUUGUCGGCGCCGCGGCGGCUAUGCUCAUCUAAGCCCCGCCCCGUCUGAUGUUUCGUAGCACGCACGGACACUUUCAGCCGAUAUCAUGCAAUAGCACCCGUCCCAUUGCCAUCACCCUCUUGUGGCCGUACUCACGCUAUAGGCCAUGCAUCUGUACGCAGGUGUAAGAGUAUGGAGUGGUG